UAAACAGGAACCCCGGAAGCACUUGCACGCACGUGUAGCAUGCGUCAACCUUGAGAAACUAGCCUGCGUUUUAUGUCAGCAAGCAAGCCGCUGUAGUGAUGCCAGUUAGACGUGUAUUAUACUCUGCCUACCAGUUGGGGAAUCCCCAACUCAGGAUCUUCAGACCAGACUGGUAUCUCACUCUUGUGAGGCCAGGAAAAGAGCAGCCUCCUGAUACUGUCCAAUUUCGCAUCCCAAUGCAAAUGACCAAAUAUGACUUAAAGAAUUACUUGGAGAAAAUCUACAACAUUCCUGUUGGAGCGGUCCGCACCAGGAUACAGUUUGGGUCCAACAAAAAGAGGAACCAUCUGCACCAGAGGGUUAAGGUGCCAGACUAUAAAGUGGCCUACGUUCAGCUGGCACAGGACCAGAUUUUCACCUUCCCUAACAUCUUCCCCGAAAAAGACCAGACGCCAGCGGAGGGCUCUAUGGAAGAGAUUCGGAACAAGUUCAUAGAGGACGAGAAACAGAGGCAGAAACUCGACCCCAGGAGAGGAGGUGUCACUGAGUGGUUUGGACUCUGAAACAGCCAGAAGAAUGGGAAAUCAGACCCUUCAUAUACGCACUGGUGUUACACUGAGAGCAACAUGUAUUGAUUUGAAAUGCAACUCUUGUGAGGUCACUUUUUUCCCUCCAUGACAUGUGUGUAGAGAAUGAGUUAGUGUGUGGGAGGUUGCAGACAUGUGUUUAGCAUGUUUGCAAGGCUUCCGUCCAGUAACCAGACUCAGAAAAGAAUUAGAGGAGGAGGAGAGUGGCCGGGCUCCAUCUUUAUUGAAAUCAGCCCAACACACUUCUCCAUCACCUCAGAUGACUUUCUUUCUCCUCACUCUUUUCUGCCAUAUCUUUUUUUUAUUCACUCCUCCUUUUUGCCUUUAAUUUUUUUUCUUUACAUGUUUUUCCUCUAUCUCAUUUAUUGUCUCUCCACUUUUCAUUUUGUUGUUAGAUACUACUUCCAUAGAUGUAUGAAGUACCAAAAAGCCUGACGCCCCGCUAGUUGGAUUUAACUACUUUCACUGCCCACAUCAUUUCCUCUUUUAUGAGUUUGCCUUGGAUUAAUUGACCACUUUAGGUAAACAACAAUUGAGAUGUUGUUUCAGCAAAGCAAGAACAUGGAAUUUGUUGUGGUGUAAUAGUAUAUCAGUAUAUUUUGUGGUGACAUGCAAUGCUAUAACUAUGGUAUGAGUCUGUACUCGGAGUUUGUGUCUGUAUUUGCCCAACAUGUAAGAUUUUCCAGUAAAUUGAUGGUAAAGUGAAAGCUGUUUUAAUAAGAACUAAUAAAUGGUCUGUUUUCCAAAA